AUGAGAAAUCCCGGUGAAAGCUCUGAAGUUCGUGUUCAAAGCGAAACAACAAGCAAAGGUAGGUUUUGUAAAAUUUCAUAUCAAGUGCAGUCUGCUAAAAUAAAUUUGCCUCUUUCGGAUUUAGUUGCAACAACUUGAGCUUAACGUUUUGGAUCUGUGUUUAUGCUUUAUAGCAACUGCAAGGGAAUCGGAUAGAGAUGAUUGUUCAAGUCCACCAUGCAAAAGACUCAAGCAAGGUUUGUUAAAAUGCGUGCAAAAACAUCGGCUUUCGUUACUUUUAGGGGACCGUCGCUUUAUAGAGGAAAAAACAUACUGAAUGCACGAGCAAAAUGACGAGCUUAUGCGACAAUUUGACGAACUUAUGCGCCAAAUGUAAAAAGUAACGAAAGCCAAAAUAGCUUUUAUCCAAAAUAUCCGCUAAAAGGCUUUAAUCUUACCUUUGGGCCCUAUUUCAAUAUAAAUUUGGAAAGAUUUCCGUACAACCCUGUAAAUUUAUUAUGCAUGCAACAAUUUCAUGCCAUUUAGCUCAAAUAGUUAUGAAUGUCUACAUCUACAUCUACAUCUACAUAAUUUAUUUGCAAAAUCCUGUAAGGACAGAAUAGAGUUGAAACAUGAAUGCAUAUUAAAUGUAUGGGGCUUCAGGGAAGAUAUCUUACCCCAAUAAGUUACCACCGGUUUAAUUAGUAUUUAACCUUUGAACUUGAACAAUAAAACAUCUGGAACAAAGACUUGAGUAUGAAUAUGCAAGGUUAAAAACCCCCAUCCUCGGAGACCCAGGGGCAGAUAGUGGGGGCAGGGGAAAGUCUAAACGGGCGGAAAAAUAUGGCACAAAGAAAAGUAAAGAAUGGUGAGAAGAGCCCCUGGGGACAAUGUCUUACCAGACCAGUUCCAAACGGUCGCCGUCGUUCUGACUUCUGAUUGGUGCCAGAAAAACACAAGUUUCUGACUUCUGAUUGGUACCAGAAAGACACAAGUUUCUGGCACCAAUCAGAAGUCAGAAAAACUGCUUGGAACUGGUCUCAAACUCCCCAGGGGGUGUCUCCAUUCUUUUUUUCUUUGUAAUUUUUUUUGAAAUUCCCCACUAUCUGCCCCUGGGUCUCCGAGGAUGAAAAACCCCUGGAGAGACAAGACAAGCGAGUGCAGGGUCCGAUAUUAGGGGUAAGGGGGUCACUCAAGGGAAGUUUGGGUAGAGGUAUAUGCUCUAUGAAGGCCUUCAAACCCUGACUUUAAUUAUUAUUAUUAUUAUCAUUAGUAUAGGUAAUCGCAUGAUUUGUAGUGAUAUUUAGCAUAAAUACCACGGUGAUAUUUCGAAAUUGAUAUAUGUAAUUUCAUUGGCUUUUAGGCGAGUGAAAUUUGAGACAAUUUUGAAAUAUCAAGCGUGGUAUUUAUGCCAAAUGUCACGUACAAAUCAUGCUAUUAUUUGUUUAUACUACUAACCACAAAUGUUUUGUAAUUUUCACAAGUAGGUAUUUCAAAUUAAGCUGAAAUACCACUGCUUGAAGCCAAUCAAAUUGCAGAAAUUUCUCAUGUAGUAGUAUAAUUAUUGUUAUUUAUAAACUGAUGCCCUCUACAAUUCAAACAAUUCAGUCUUCCUUCUCUUGGUGUCAGUUCGACAGAAGUGAAACUUAUUGCGCUCUGGAAAUAAAGGACUCCUAGUUUCAGCCUAAGUAUAACCUUAAAACCUAUGGUUACAGACCGUUUUGACAUGCAGCUCCUAAGAUAUGAAAUUCCAUUCUAGUCAGUUUACACACAUGUUUUGAGCAGAGCACUUUCAAAUAAAAAAUCAAAACAUUUCUUUUUAAGCGUGCUUUUCAGUUGUAAUACAUGUUUUUUUAACAAUUAAGUCAUUGUAAUAUUUUAAUAGGUUUAUUACUAUUAGUGUUGUAAAUUAGUGCUUUGGAUCACUAAGAGGAAGGUGCUAUAUAAGUGUAUAUUAUUAUUAUCGUUAAUAUUAUUGUUAUUAUUAUUAUCAUUAUUAUUGUACUUCUUGCAAUGAACUGAGAUACACUAUAUAUUAAGAUGCGAAUCAUUUGUUUAUAUUUUUCUUUCAGCUGUUUUAUCCUUUGGUAGAUUAGAUUCAUCCCCAUCGACUUCUUCUGAUUGUUCUAAAGCUUCAGUUUCUUCACUUACUAAUGGUAAUUCGGAAGACAAAUCACACAGUGAUGAAAAAAUCAAAGUAAAUGGAGGCCUUGUUACUGGUGCACCCUCUCCUCCUGAUGUGAAAGAGAAUUCAGUGAAACCAGAGGCCUCCCACGAUCCAGCAAAAGUACCCAAGUGCUUGAUUUUAGAAAAUGGUAUAGAGACAACAGAUGAAGAGAAAAAUGCAAGCAUUACUUCUUCUCCAGAGGCUAUUUCUUCUUGUGGGGAAAAUGAAUUGAUGAUCAUAGAUCAGUCUCCUCCCACUAAAGUGAACCGUAAAAGUAAGGUAAGGAGUCUAAUAAGGUUUUGUUACUAUAAAUACAUCACCACACAGUGUCAUCAUGUAGCAUUAAAUUAUUGCAUUUUCCAAGGUCUGUAAGGUUGACAACUUCAGUAAACUCAAAUUUUUCUUUGCAGUUUAAUAUAGGCAUGUUAAGUGGGGAUACACUGUAAGAGAAUUUACCAUGCCUUUUAUAUAUUAUGUUUUAUACAUGUGUGGAGUUGUCAUUAAGAUUUCAAGUUGCCAGGUAAAUACAACAAGUAGAUGAGGAUUAAACAUCUGGGGGUUUCUUUUGGUUCUAUUUUUCUUCUAUUUUCUAUUGAAAGUAGCCGGGGGCCACUUCCAUAGUGGCUGGGGGGAAUCCCCAGCCCCUGCCUCUUAAUAGUAGCCCUGCAUGUGUUAUCUCUCUUCGACAAAGUUGGUAAAGACCUCAACCCUCAUAAAGACCUUGGGCUGGUAAUGAUUGGUUGUUGAUAGUCAUUUGUAAAGCUGUAUAAAAGAUCUUUGAUCCUAAUGAGUUGAUGAAUAAUAAUGAAGUGUGGUUACUAUAACUAUUCAGUUGGAAGAUAUUUUGAAUUUUGCUCAGACAAAAGAUUAAGGUCAUAUUCUAGUAAUAAGUUAAAGAUUAACAAAGUCAGAACCGAAUUAUUCAAAGGUACUUUUUUCGAUAGAUUACCGUAUUUAUGGAACAACCUGCCUGAUAAACUCAGGACCUCUAAUUUAAGCCCAUCAUUAUUAAAAAACAAUGUAAUGAGUUCUACAAAAAGAAGAGCUUCGACCCUGACCAACCGCAUGCCACUUGGAUGUAGUGAUCGAUGUAACAAUUAUUUUCCGAUUAGAUUAAUCUAGGAUAUGACAUAUUAUCAAUUAUAGUUUUUAAAUAUAAUUUUAACGUUUUCUUUUUUCUUUUUCUUUAUUUAAGUGUCUGUUGUAGUUUUUGGGUGGGCUAGCUCGAAUGGUUCAAAUGUUCCCUUCUAGUCCUUCCCCACUGCAAUAAUUUUUUUUCUAGUAUGUAGUUAAUAUUGUUCUCUCAUGUAAUUUAGCUAAGUUUUCUUUUUUUGAGGUGAAAAUGGAAUAAAUUAAAUUAAAUUAAAAAAUUAAUGUGACGAAAAUAAAAUCUUUAAUAUUACCGACGUAGUUAAGUCUAGUAAGAAUGUCAAACAUGCCAUAAUGAGUCAUUGUUUUCCAAUAUCCAGUACAAUUGAUUUUAAUAGAGUAAAUUUCCCCAUGUGCUUUGAAAUGAGCAAGCAAAGUCCCAUUCAUAUACACAAGCACAACUGAUAUAUCUUAUUCUUUGAUCUUAAAAUCUGUGGUGUGAAUAAAUGACACUUCCAAAUUUCACAAAAUGUGCGAAGUUGUUAUGCAAAGAAACCCAAAGUAGAUAAUUUUCCGAUUUCUUGCACAAGUCAUGUCUUGCUUGUUUGUUUACAGUCACUGGAUGUGAUACCUCAUUUGCUACCAGUAGUUGUUUUCUGAUGAACAAAGGUUCUGAUUUUAGCUCUGCCUAAAAUUAAUCAACUUGAAAUCUAUGUUUUUCAGGUAAAUGGUGGAACACCACUUCAAAAAAGUGCUGAAAAACAAAAGAGAAAAGAAGAAAGGGUAAGGUACUUCAACUUGUGCAAACUGGUAAUAAACUCUCAGAAAUGUGCAUUGACCAGGGUUAUUGGGGUAUCCUAUUCAGUUUAUUCUAAUAGUGUCCUUUUUACAGACUCAUAAAAAAAAAAUUUUUGUUUUAGGAAAAGGAAAGACAGGAGAAGCAAAGACUGAGGGAAGAGAAAUUAAAGGAAAAACAGGAUGCAAAGGCCGUGAAGGAAAAGGAAAGACUGGAGGCUAAAAGGAAACGUGAUCAAGAACGACAAGAAAAGCAAGCGGAAAAAGAAAGAAAGGAUAAAGAAAGAUUGGAAAAGAAAGAAAAAGAAGAAAAAGAACGGUUAGAAAAAAAAGAAAAAAGAGAUGAGGAAAAGCGAAAAAGGGAUGAAGAGAAAAAGUAAGUACUGGUCAAUAUUACUUUUAUUUACAGCGGGCAGUGGAUAUAAUAAAGCCAGACAUAAACUGCUGUCUUCUGCCAUAAAAAUAAAGAGUUUGACUGAGCUAAAUGUCAGACAUUAGUUAGUAUAACUGACUUUAAUAUAAAAUCAUGGGUUGUGAAAUUUCCACAAUCACAGUUAUGGGUAUAACUAUGAUCUGUCUCCAUGUUAUUAGUGCCAAGUUAGAAGAAAAAAGAAAGAGAGAAGCAGAUAAAAGGAGCAUAGAGGAAGAACAGGUGAUCUAAUAUGACAAGUUUCCUUACAAGUGUGUGAAAAUAUUAUAUUUUUUAUAUGGCAGGUACAAAACUCGGACUGCAUCAACUCAUUUAGAUAAAAGUCUCUGUAUUCCCUCAUAAUUAAAUGAGCUGAUCCAGUCUGAGUUAUGUACUUGCCGGUUUUAUAGAAAAAAAGUUCAUUUGAAUGACAUUACUCCUCUUACACUUUUAGUGUAGCACACAGCACCAAACAAUUUGUAGGCUUAUUACUGUGCCAAAAAGUGUUGAACAUAAAAUAUAUUCCUGUUUUUCUAACCAGUACCCAGCAAUGUUUUACAUCCGCCGUACUGUGCUAAAAAUAUGUCUUAUGACUCCUGUUCCUUUAUGAUCUUCUUGUUAGGAACGAAAGCGACAGAAGGUCCAAGAAAGUUUUGCAAAAUUUUUCAACAGGCCUCCUACUCCAACACCAAAGGUACAAUAUUUACUUUCACCAUAACAGAGAGGUGGGAAGCACUGUGUAAUGGGGCUAACAAUGCAAACCUGUGCACAACAGUCACCCUUGGGGAAUGGCAAGGUGACCGUUAUAUACAGGGUGACUGCUAUGUACAGGCCAACUUUGCAGAAAAUGUAAGACAACUGAAGAUUUUGGGAAGGUGUCUGGUGACCGUAAGUUACUGGGUGACUGCUAUAUACAGGACCGUUAUAUACAGUUUUGACCCUUUUCUGAUACAAGUCAUGUUUGUACUGUUCUGUUCUAAAACUUGGUACAUUAGCCAAGCUUAAUUCUCUCUAUUGGUUUUAAAGGGUUUUGUUAAAGUGGUCCUCAAAAGUUUACAUUAUUUUAGCUUGCACUCUCAGCUUAAAAAUAAAUGGAAUAAUUUGCUUUAAAGAGAUUUUGAUAACAUCGAUGAACCGUUGUUUGAGUCAGUUGGUUGAUUUCUGAUGACUGAUUAUAAAGUCUUAAGCGGAAUGUAAUUCCUAACUAUAGGUCAGGGUCAUGGGUUUACAUGGGUGGAUCUACAUGUAAUCUGGUUGGUCCAGCUUUCCUCAAAAGCCCUGACAAAUCAUAGCAUAUAAAGCGGCUGCUAAAGAUGAUGAAAAACAUCUCAGCAAUUGCUUUUGGGGUAACCUUGAGAAAAAAGUUGAUAACUAAAUUAUACAGUGCUAGUGUAUAGAUUUUAAAAACAUGAAGUGAUUUUACAUUAAGGUUGUGCUGCCAGAGAACAACAUCCGAUUCAAGCCCUUUGAGGUCAAACCAGGAAUGACUGUUGCUCCUCAAAGGCGCAGAGAGCUGUCACUUGACUUAAAGAAUUGUUUAGAUGAAGGACUUAGAAGCCAGGUUUGUCUUUUAAAGAAGCUUUUGUGACAGAAGUAUGCAUGCAGUCUGUAUUUAUCACAAAAACUACGGUACAUUGAUGAUCGGCAUACAUUGUGCAAGGGCACGUUAUUUAUUUGAAAUGAAGACCCAAGUGAUUUCUGAUAAACUGCCAGUUUCUCCUUUCAAUUUGCUUUGUAUAUGCUGCUGUUGAGUGAAUCAAAAAGUGUUUUUAAUAUGAACAGGGAUGUAGCUAAGGAAAAGUUAUGCAGGUUUUUGAUUAGUUAAGCUAGCUUUUUUACUCAACUUCUCCUUCAAAAUUACUCCACGUCUUUGUUUUCUAGAGUAAUUAUUUCAGCUAAUGGUAAGUUCUCUUUCAGCUGGUAAAAUUAGUUGUCAGCUAGGUUUUAUCUACAUCUGUCCCUGUGAGAGCUUGCAUAGUCUAAAAAGAAUGCAUCUUGGUACUGGAGCUGUACUAUUUAGGCUAAGUUUGAAUGACUGCUUGAAUAAUUUUAUUGCAGAAAGCAUCUGUGUUGUAUUUAAAAGAGUUAGAUAAAAGGAAGCCAAUAAUAACGUGCACAAAAAGAAAGCUGUCCACCAUUACUGAAAAGAUAGAAAGCAACGGAGAAAAUGAAGUGCCCAUUGACAUUGAUGAAAACAGCAAUUCAAGCAUUGAAAUCCUUGAACCAAAGACAGUGGAGUCAUCCACAAGUGGUCUGAGAUGCAAGCUUCUUCAGUUUCACACUAAUUACAGGCCAGCAUAUUUUGGGACAUGGAGGAAAAAAAGCAAAAAGAUUUCACCGAAAAACCCAUUUAAGAAGGACCCGGUACAGUAAAACAGUGAACAUUUAUUCUUUCCUUUAAUUGUUCUUUUCUCAUUAGGGACUUUAAGAUACAUCAUUUCUGCCUACAGGUAUGGGUACAUGUAGGUGAAUAUGUUUGCCACAUAUAGUUAUACAAAAGGCGACCAUGAUUUCCCAGAUGUGAUAAUGGCAACACUGUUAUACCCGGUAGCCCGACUGACUUUCUCCGGGGCUAAGAGGUCAUCUACCCAGAGUAAAUAGUACAGAAACAGUGUAUCUUAAGGUCUCUGUUGUUUUUAAUAUUAUUACUUGUACACUCACCAAUUCCAAUUCACAUUCAUGAAGUACAGUUGUAACUCUAAACUAAAAGCUGCCUCUUCAUAAUGGCCACUUAACUCUGUCCCUAAGGCAGCUAGUGGAGAGGUUCAAGUGAUUUACCCAUCACAAAUUUGUACUCAUAAUGGCCCUUAUAAUAAUUAUUAUGUGUUGUUAUGUCAGACGAGCGAAUUUCACCAGCAGGCCACGUUUGUGAACAAAAUUCUUUGCAAUUGCACUCUUUGUGCAUGAUGAGUGUUGUUUCCAGAAAGUAAACUAGCGUAGGAAUUCAUUUAUGUAAAACUGAACAAAUUAGAAAUUUGAGUGGUGAAAUUUGCUCAUCUGAGUUGGGCUGUUUCUUCUCAUUAAUCAUUUUUUUUUUUUUGCCACAUUCCUGUACUAGUACAUAAGGGACCGGUCAAAAAGUAUAGGGGGGGGGUGGGCCGGAGCAUUUGGAAAUGUGGUUGAUAAAACACACAUGACCCACCCCUAAAGCAAGGUUGGAAAUUACAUGACCCACCCCCUAGUUAAAACAUGGAUGUUUGGUUUCCUCUUAAUAAUCCCAUAAAACCUUGUUCUGUGCUUGACAAAAUUUGUUGAUACACUGCUACAACCAAUAUCAAAAUCACAGAAAUCAUACCUUUCACUGGAAAGACAAAUGUGAAAAACCCAACAUUCCUUGUUUCGAUGGACGUUAUGAGUCUUGACACGAAUAUACAGCAAAACGAGGGUAUAUUGAAAUUGUCUGUCACAAAGCAUAUGAAAAUUUCUACAAAGACAACCCAUUCCUACACAUUACUUGCCGGAAAUGCUUAGAUCAAUCGACCCUCAAAGAAAAUUUCUUCCACUUCAAUGGAAAGCACUACCUACAAAACCAUGGAACUGCAAUGGGCACAAAGAAAGCAGAUUUGAUUCCUUUGCCAAUAUUUUCAUGACAUAUAUUGAAACAACAACUCUAAGCAAAACUGUCUUUAGAACAACAGUUUGGAAAUGCUACAUGCACGAUAUCUUUGCCCUAUGGUACAUGAGUAAACCAGACAUCGAAGCCUUCAUUGAACAAUAGUUGGGUGAUGUAAGUCUUACAUCACCCAACUAUUAAAUUCAAGGCCGAAACAUUUGACACUGAGACUGCGUUUUUAGACACGGUUGUAGACAAAGGCACAAGAUUCAAGGAAAAAUCUAUCCUUGAUGCAAAGACACAUUUUUAACAAAAGCAAACCUUCUUGCACACACAUUUCACCUCGUGUCACCCUCCAAAUGUUAAAAAAGGAUUUGUCAAAGAAGGAGCCUUGAGAAUCCUACGAAAAAACUUCUCAGAAAUAACUUUUGAGGAAAAUAAUUCAAAUUUAAAAAACAACGCUUGAUGGACGGAGGCUACCCACAAUCUUUGAUAGAAAACAUACUAUCAGAAAUAAAAUUCACGAAAGGGAGUCCAAACUCCUAAAACAAAACAACAAGGAGGAAAAAGAAAUAUUGCCAUUCGUGACACAAUACCAGCCCUCAGUGUCUACUACAAAGGAAGCUUGAAUGAAAAAAUGGAAUCUUAUACAAAACCAACUGUAACCUCAAUAAAUUUUUAAAGAGCCACCAAUCAUUUCCUUACAAAAAAAGGAAAAUCAUUAAAGGACAUGCUCUCGAAGAGCCAAAAAAAAAAAAAAGGUUAAGGGUUCCACUCCCAUUAUAGAUGUGCGGCCUGUCACCCUUUUUUACUUUCUCGCACAAGAGGUUUUGUAGUAUUUCAGCAAUAAUUCCAGCUGGCUGUGUUUUAUAUAACAAGUGUAGUCAACUGUCUCGUUAGUAGUUAGUGCCUAUCUAUGUAAUAAAAUAGAGUGACCCACCCCUAAGUAGCUGAAAAUUGCACGACCCACCCCUUGCACAAGGCUCAAAACCUCAUGACCCACCCCUCUCUUCUCCGGCCCACCCCCCCUAUACUUUUUGACCAGUCCCUAAGUCAUAACUGAAGAGACGUACAGUAACACAGUCUUCAUAACUUGUCUUAAUGGUUCGUUGGCAGUCUCAUUUCCAAGUUCCUCUCCUUCUCAUCCCUGUGGAUUUAAAGGGAGAGGAACGUGGGAAUAAGUUUAAUCACUCAAUGCAACUCCACGGCUACAGGAUUGCUUUAAUUGAAGGAAUAUACUGGACUGAACUGGACUUGGUUUCUAAGAAGUCUGUUGUAUUCUUUAGGAACUGUUUGACUAUGAGGUGGACAGUGAUGAAGAGUGGGAAGAAGAGGAACCUGGAGAAAGUUUGUCCGACAGUGAGGUAAUAUAAACAAAUGAUAUACCAAUUAUUGUGUGAAAAAAUUUUGUUAUAAAGGCAUGAGAAAUAUUUAUUGCUCAUCGUCAUGCUAAAUACAAGGACUACUCAAGUGCUAAAUACAGCACUUGUUGCCAAAAUAGUAAGAAAUUGGCAUGGGUGUCCAUAUAGCGGAGUUAAACCUUGGUGGGGGGGGGGGGCGUUAUGGAGCCACUCCAGGAAAGUCUAGGGAGAGGUGUGCCUUAUAAGAUCCUGACUCCGGACAAAAAUUGUUAAUUCCACUACCCUGUUUGAGACCUUAUUUUAUGACCCCGAUUUGUUUCGUUUAGAAAACAGAAUGAAGUAAGAAUAAUCAUUUCAAACUAACAUCAUGGAAUUUGAUAUUUUACGCUCUUUUAUCAAGGCAUAGUUAAUUGAGUGGAAUGGUUAUGAAACCCGUCAGACUCCUUUGUUAUAUGUUUUUGUGGACCUGAAAGUGCACAACGUUCAAAAGAAUUCCUAUCAUUUUGAUUGUAUUGACCAAUAAAAACGUUGCAUUAAUUUAUUCCGUAAGAAUUUGCCAACAGAAAACAAAGGAUUGUGCACUUUCACGGUGCUUUGAACAUAAACUGCAGCACUGUUGUUUUUAUCAUUGAUGUUUGCCGCUUUUCAUAACCAGUCUCCUCUAAUAACUAUGAUCAAGGCUUCUGAUCCUAAAAAGACAUCCUGUUCAAUUUGUUAAGUGAAAAUAAUUUGUAUACCCUGUUUGGCACCCGAAACAAUGAAACUUGUACCCUGUUCAGCAGCACAUACCCCUUUAGGUCAAAUAAGGGAAUUCCCCCCCGCCUGGUUAAACUGUACAAUAAAACAGCAAUGAAUAUUCCCUUGGUCAUAAGCAAGGGAUUGUAUCCACCAGCCUAACCACAAAAUCUGCCAACAGGUAGCUAUCAGACAUGAGUUUCUUUGUAUGUUAUACUAACAGCUAGUUUUAAGGAAAUAUUCCGCUCUAAGAAAACAAAGGAUUACCAGACGGGUAUACAGUGCAGUAGGGUGCAAGUGUAGUUGUGUUCAUUGGGAAAGGUUUUUUUUCUAGGGUGAAGAAGAAGCUGAUGGUGAAGAAGAUAAUGAAGAUGAUGAUGGGUUCUUUGUUCCUCAUGGUUACUUGUCAGAUGAUGAAGGGGUGCUGGAUGAAGAGAUGGAAGAUGAUGGUGAAUCUGACAAAAAGGUGAGAUAUGACAGAUUUAAUGAAUAUUUGAUAACAUUGAUUUUUUUGUUCAACAUUGUCCAGUAAGACAGUUUUAAAUCUUUGUCGAAAAAAAAAAGACUAAUGUUUUGGCAAUGCAUGCUUCCUUAAAUAACAAAAAAUGUUUUGCCCAGAUGGCACUGACUGUGUCUCUAAAAUAACAGUACAUCUGUUGGGUCUCAAUUUCCUUUCUCUCUUAACCCAAAUUACUGGUAAAUAAUAGGAACUAGGAAACGAAGAAAAUUGACACUUACCAAAUCCGAUACUUAUAAAAUAUUUUCUUUGAGAUAUUCCGGCUAAAUCGCUUAGCUUAAUCAUCAGUUGAAUUAAGUGAGUGCAUGGUUACAUAAUUAUACUGUUUCAUAGACGAAUAUAAUGUCAAAAUGACCUUGCUUUUCACUUGUCAUAUAUGUAACGGACUGGUUUCUAUUACUUAUUAUUUUAUUUUUCCAAUUGCAGGAUAAGAAUUCCGGAAAUAAAGAGGAUCAGCAGUUGGCAAAAGCUAAGGCUUGGGAAGCAGAAAUGAAAAGGAAAUGCAAACCAAUGAAGCCAGUUACAGUGGGGUGCCUGUGGCUUGAUGAGGCUUCUCUGAACCUUACACUUAAGCAGUUUGCUGCAUGUUUACUUGUUGAUGCACCAGUAGAUUGUGAGAAUCCAUCAUCUCACCUAAAAAAUAUUGAGGUCCCUGUUGAUUCACCAAGCACUGCGAACAAUGGAGGUCUUUAUGUACCUGAUGAAGGUAACGCGUCUUUAAUUUUCUGAAUCAUAUCUUAUAUCUCCAAUAAAUUUUCUCCAUACAUACACUGUCAUACAGUUUAGAAAGAAAUGAUCACUUAACUGCCUCCUGGGAGUGAGAUGUGGUCAAGGUGCACGUCUAAACUAAAUAUUUCAGUUGAGUUGGAUAGCAUUAGUAAAGACAAUGAUCCAAGAACAAAUGCUACAAAUAUUGGAAGACUGCAUUGUGCUGUCUAGGACAUUGAAUAUGCCUUGUUUCAGGACAGAUGAAACAGUUGAAAACAACAGAAAGAAUCUGCCGACCUGUGAUCAGGCAUCAGUGGUAAAUACCACUGUUGUAUAUAAAUGGAGAAGUCUAAGGUUACUUAGGCACAAUAAACAAUUAUUGUUUCAAGAAGAAAAAAACACAAAAAAAGUGUUAGACUUGGAACUAAGUUAUGUUGAUAGUAACAUCUUCCACUGGUGGAAAAAAAAUUUUAAGAUCUCUAGUAACACAGUUCGUUCCUCAAUAUGGAACAUCCAGUUAUAGGAUAAGGAACUAACUUAGUUUUUAUUUAUGCUUUACAGCCAUGCCAGAAUUAAUUAAGCUGAUUCAUGGAAACACAGCAGGCCUUAACAAGUUAAUCAGCCAAUUCAGAAAACAAUGGACAUCAAAAUGUUUGGGUAGAGCUAUCACUGACGAGGAAGUAGAUGAAAAAAGCCCAAUUUCUAAACGACAACUUGAAAAAAAGAUACAGAACAUUGCCACAAAAGAAAGAAGAUUUGACAGGCUUCGUUGGUAUGUUCAUAAUCACAUCCUAAGAUCAUUUGGUCUUGAGAAUCUACAGGAAGCUGAUGGCUUGAACAGCUCCGAUGUAUCUGCAGAUUCGGUCAAGACACCUGUUUCUCAUUACAACACAACAACUACUCCAAGUAUUAUGCAGUUUACCAGACCUGUGUCCUCUGCAGUACACAGGAGUACCAGCCCUGAGACAAAUAACCAAAGCCCAAACAUUAAACCAGUGGAUGCUCUAAAUAAUACAUCAUCACCAAUGGAGAUUAAUAACACAAACCCAUUACUUACUACCAGUCACUUUCAGGCAGGUCAAGGUUCAGCCCGUCAUAAUGGAGAAAGUACACAGGGUAUGAAGAACAACUCACAAAUUGGUGCAUCAAGCUUACCCACUUUCCUAAAACCACCGACAAAUACACAGUCAGUAACAAGUGAAGAAAUAACUGGGAAACGUAUUGAAACUGUGUGCAUUGACUGAUGUGUAAUUUUGCACUGGUAUAAAAAGAAAAUAUAAAUACGUCUUGUAAAAUAAUGAAAUUUUGAUGCUGGAUCUUUGAAAUCAAUCCUCUUUAUCUCUAGUUCCUAUUAAUUUUUUUUUGUUUUACUUGUAUAUUUUGGGCCAAACUUUCAUGCUGCUUGAGAAUUUGGAUUUGAGUUUAAACUAUGACAUUGAAACAGCACAGUAUAUUUAAGGAGACAAGAUCCAUUAAAAAAGCUUUGGAGGAAAGUCCCACAAAUACCCUGCAAAAACACCCUACAGAUACAUCUUCAUAACUUAAGGAUGAACAAAUAUAGGAAAUAUUAUUUACAAUAGCUUAUUACGAGAAUGGGACAAAGACAACUCCUACAUCCUGAAACGAAGAUUGAACUACAAGAAAACAGAUGGCAAGCAUUUUCCUGUUUUAUUUUGAAUAAAUUUGAAGUUUAGUCUUCUUGGGUGAUAUUAUAGUUUUACAAACUGGUAAUCAGUAAGAGCUUUAAUUGAGAAUU